AUGUCUUCAAAAGCCGACGAAACUCAGUUUGAUUCUAGCCAAGUGCAUAAAUCAGACUUAUCUCAUCAGGAUGAUAAUGAUAGUUUAUUCCUGAAAGUGGUAUUUUGUGUUGUGAUGAUGUCUCAUAAAAAUACGGAUUUUGUGAUAGUGAAAUUUGAUUAUGAGGCAUCAGAUAGUCAUGAGCUUGGAAUUCAGAAAGGCGAAAAAUUAACGCUUAUCGAUGAUAGCCAACAUUGGUGGAAAGUAAUGAAUUCCUUUGGAAAGACUGGCUAUGUCCCUAGCAAUUAUGUUAAACGUUCAAAGCAAGGUAUAUUUUCAAGUUUGCGAAAUACUCUGGGGCGCCGAAAAAAUCGUCAGGAAGGUUCAACAAGCACUAGACAGUCUAAUCCUUCUUCACCUACCCCGGAUGGGAGUAAUGGCUUUUCAGCUUUUGAUUUAAGACAUGAAAGUGCAGAGUCCCUUGGAGCUAAAGUUGCCAGCACAUCUGCAUCUACAAGUAUCUUAAUUCCUCCAAGUCAAGCAUUUGCGGAUAUGCGACUUCAGGAAGGAAUUUCUGACAGCUUUUCCAUCCCCCCAAAUAACCAGAUAUCCGUUCAACAUGCGAAAAGAUUUCAAGAUGCAAAUAAAACGGUUGAUAGUGAAUCAAUCAACUGGAUGUCGAAAUCUGAUGCAAGACAAGCUUACCCUCAGACUACUUUUAAUCAGCAAUCCAUACCAAAUUAUCAAAAUGGACAUGGCGCUGUAAAUGUUUCCUUAUCACUGUUCCAACAAACUACUAAUAUUAUGACAGGAACUUUAAAUAAUACGUCCUAUUUUGGCACUGGGACUGGUUUAGGUCGUCAAAUAUGUCAAGCACGUUUCAAUUAUCCUGCUUGUCAACCAGAUGAAUUGUCAAUUGAAAGAGGCGAUAAAAUUCGUGUUUUGGAAAAAAGUUCAGAUGGUUGGUGGCGUGGUAUUCUAAUUACCGAAGGUAAACCACAACGAAUGGGAUGGUUUCCAUCAAACUAUGUCACAUUGGAUUUAUCAAAAAAUCUGAAUAGAUCUGGAAGUAGUUCACAACCCAGUAUAUUAAAUUCAAGUACACUUAAUCGGGAUGUAAAUGAUUUGUCUGUGCCAAAUAUUUCAAAUACUCAAGAUCAAAUUCAAGCGCAAUAUUUAGCUUAUCAAUAUUAUGACCAACAACAUUCUUUGAAUCCUGGUUCUAUUACAGAAAACCAACAACAAGUACAUCAACAACCGCAAUUGCUAGUACGUAAUAACGGUACUGAUCCACCUUGUCAUGAAGGUCAGCAACAGCAACAUGAAACUGUCGUAACUCUUUACCCGUUUGUACGUAGUCAUGCAGCAGAGCUGUCUUUCGGUGAAAAUGAGGUCUUGGAAGUACUUAGCAAACCUCCUGAUGAUCCAGCUUGGUGGCAUUGUCGCAAUAAUCGUGGUGAAAGUGGUCUGGUACCACAUAAUUAUGUUUCGGUUUUCACAACACCAUCGACGGCAACUACAACACUAGGCAAACCGUUCAUUUCAAAUUACAAACCAUUAUCUUGUCAGUCUACAAAUUUUGGCCAUUCUGUUCGAAGUAACCAGAUAUCUGUGACUAAUUCAAGUUAUAUGGUAACAAAUAAGUCACAGCCUACUGAUGGAGAAACAAUGAGGCUAAAUUAUGCUACACAGUCUAGUACAGGUUGUUUGCAUAUAAAUCGACCAUGGUUCUGGGGUAUUAUUUCACGCGCUGAAUGUGAAGAAAUGCUAGGUAAACAUUCUUUACCUGGUGAAUUCAUCGUUCGCGAUAGUGAAUCUCAUCCCGGAGAUUUGACUAUAACUAUCAAUGCAGGCAAUAAAACAAGAAAUUUCAAAGUACAUGUUGAAAAAGGACAAUACCAUAUUGGUCAGAAGGUAUUCAAUUGUAUUGAUGAUCUUAUCGAGCAUUAUGGUAGUCAUCCAAUAUUUAAAAAUGAACAUGAGAAACAUUAUCUUACACAACCUUUUGUUCAUCCUGGUAUUAAAUCAGUAAUCCCUUACGAGAGUAAUAAUAAUAGUAAUAGUAUUAAUAAUAUUACUUCUACUACUCCAACUAAAAGUAUUAACACUGUAUCGUCGAUAUCAUCGACGUAUUUUCUUCCAGUUUGUGGUAGUAGUGGGAACACCCCAACCUAUCAUCAGUCUAUUACUGCUCCACACAAUCGUUUUUCUUAAACUUUCUAGUUUUGUUUCGAGAAAUAUUUUGUUUUCUGCAAUAAUUAUGAUUUUUCUUAUUCUGUUUUCAUUACUCACC